ACACAGCUUGCGCCCCUCUCUGGAGAGCAGUCGCAGCUACUAGCUUGCCGCCAGCAGAGCCGCACUGUCUCGGGCAUCGCAGAGCACCACGACUGUGGACUUGGGACCUCGAACCCGAGACGAGCGCGCGCUAGCCAGCCAUUAGCAACGCUUGCAUUUCUGCAGGAAAAAGGAAAUGAAACCAGAGACAGAGGGAAGCUGAGCGAAAAUAGACCUUCGCGAGAGAGGAGGGAGCCUGGGGAGAGCCGCGCGGUCAGCUCCCCGCCCCCAGGCCGCCGCCCCCUCACUGCCCCCGGCGCCCCGACCCCGGCGAAGGGAGCGCGGUGACUGUCCUUGAGCGUGGAGGGGCGAGCUCGCCAGCGGAGCGACCGAGCAAGAGGAGGCGCAGGAGCGGCGGCGCCCGAGCACCCGAGGGGGUCCGAGUCCAGGCAGCUAGCCAGCCACGCGCCACAAAGGGAGCGCCCCCGCCGCCCGGCACGCCGCCCCCCUCCCCAAUGUCCUCGGCCAUCGAAAGGAAGAGCCUGGACCCGUCUGAGGAACCCGUGGAUGAGGUGCUGCAGAUACCCCCAUCCCUGCUGACAUGUGGUGGCUGCCAGCAGAACAUAGGGGACCGCUACUUCCUGAAAGCCAUCGACCAGUACUGGCAUGAGGAUUGCCUCAGCUGUGACCUCUGUGGGUGUCGGCUGGGAGAGGUGGGGAGGCGCCUCUACUACAAGCUGGGACGGAAAUUGUGCAGGAGAGACUAUCUCAGGUAUAUCCCUCACACUUCUGGGGCACAUCCGGGGUUGGAUACAUAGUCUCUAGCUCCUGAGGUGUCUGCCUAAGGGGCCUAGGCUGUGGAGGCUGAGCUUCAGCUGCCUCUUCAGAGAAGCCGUGAGUUCUUCCUCUACUGUGGCUAUGUUUGCAGAGACACAUCACUGCAUGGUAAAUCACCAAUGUUUUUAAAGGUAAGAGAAUAAAAAACACGGAAUUCAGAAUAAGGACAAAAUUCUGGGGGUGGGGGCAGACCAAAGGAUAGGGUUUGGAGAAGUGUACGUAGGGAAAUAUCCAGGGAACUAGGGGAAGAGAGAAUUCAUUUAUAAGUUUCUUGGGUGGGUUCUCAUUUAGUACUCAAUAAGCAUAUGCAUAUGUGUAGAUAGUCUUUUUUUUUGUUUUGUUUUGGUUUUUGGUUUUUGGUUUUUUGAGACAGGGUUUCUCUGUAUAGCCCUGGCUGUCCUGGAACUCACCUUGUAGACCAGGCUGGCCUCAAACUCAGAAAUCCGCCUGCCUCUACCUCCCAAGUGCUGGGAUUAAAGGCGUGCGCCACCACGCCCGGCAUGUGUAGAUAUUCUUUUGCACAACUCCAGUAUUAUUGAUGAGAACUUUUAAAAUAGCAAUGUGUCCUUGCUAGUGAGCCCCCAAGCGCUGAAUUUCAUAGCAGGAGGCUAGCCUUCAGCAGCUAUAAAGGUGAAGUCAGGAGGUUUGAGUCACUACUCCAUUGCUUCCUAGUGCUGGCCUUGGGCAAUGCACACAAGCCUUCACGUCCUGUAUGUAAAAUGGGGAUUGUAAUUGUACUUACUUCUAAAGUUAGAAUGAAGUACUUGAAUUGGUACAUAACUUAAGAAAUAGGUGGUAGCUGAGUUUAUAAUUGACAGGUACCAUGGUGGGAUCACAAAUUAUUUUCCAUUAUAAUGGACAAGGAGAUGGUAACAUGGAAGGCAGAAAUAGAAAGUGUACAAGGCCAAGCGAGACAGAAACAUUUCCCCUGAAUUUGUGUGUCCUGGCACCCAAUGAGUGCCUUUGUCUGGCGUGUUCUAGCAUCUCUAGCUUCUAUAUUAGCUGCACUGGAGGUAACUCUGUACCCCGUACUGCCAGAUCCACUCAACUGUUCAGCUGUCAGUUCUUCGCCAUCCUCCUGUGGCAGAGGCUCCACUGAGCGCGCAGUCCCUGUGUAUUAGGGCCAGCCAGCCAGCGGAGAGAAGCUCUUCAGACUCCAGUGCCCUGGGCUGCUAAGCAGGCUCUUCCCCCUGCAUGUGUUCUCGGGGCACUGCACAUGUGAAAUAAAAACAAAACUGCUGGUC